AUUCUUAUUCAGGAAUAGAAACUGAAACUAAUGUAAGGCUUAUAAAGGCACAACAGUCUCCCAGGAAGCAAUACACAAUCCAGAAAUACCCAUGGCCGCCGUCAGUGUCAGAGGUCCCUCAUCCAGAGAGAACAACCAAGGGUGGAAGAUGCAGGCAAGAGACUUCCAAAGAAAUUAUUUGACUAGAGAAAAUGGACGGGUGGUGUACCUGCUGUAUGAAAUCAGCUGGAGAACAGGUUCCAUCUGGAGGAACUGGUGCUCGAACAACCAUGAACAACAUGCUGAAGUCAACUUCCUGGAAAAUUGUUUCAAUGACAGGACACAAACUCCUUGCUCCAUCACCUGGUUCCUUUCAACUAGUCCCUGUGGAAACUGCUCCAGAAGGAUUCUGGAAUUCCUGAGGUCACACCCUAACGUGACCUUGGUAAUAUAUGCAGCCAAGCUGUUCAGGCACCUCGAUUUCCGGAACCGACAAGGUCUCCGCAACCUGAUGGUGAAUAGAGUCACUCUACGUAUCAUGAGUCUUGAAGGAUGCAGCCCAGAAAAAGGAGUAUCCCAGGUGGUGGUGGUUCAGUUUCCAAAAGAAGGAAGAAGUCUCCCAGCUGGUGAGGUCCAGAUUCCAGAUGGGGGUCCACCUUUUGAUUGCAAUGACUAUAAAUCUCAUAACAGUGAUGUCCAGCUUCCCUUGGUCAAAACUAUUAAUCCUUGAGCUGAUGUCCAUCUUCCUUUCUCAAGCUGCAUGUUUCCUUUUUAUAUAUUCUAAAGCUACAGUUUCAAAGAUCCUUACUACAAGCAAUAUUCUAAAAUUAUACUUCAAAAGGUUAUUAUUGCAAAACUCUUUAAGGCUUAGCUAAAAGAAGAAAUUUCCUGUCAUAAAAAGAACAUCCUUAAAGCUUUAAUUCAAAUGCUCCUAAAUCAACUUAAGGCUUAUAAAGGUUGAUUGCAAACAAAGGAUAGUUUGAAAGGCCUUCUUCCAUGCUUUGCUUUUCUCAGUUAUUUUUAGAAUUCAUCUUUAUAACUGUCCCAUGGUAGGUUUCCACCCAUAUCACAAUCACAAAUACACAUGCUACCUGUAUGUACCUGACAUGAAACACAGCUCUGUAUUUCACACACACCUGUGUGGAUAUUUACCACUGGAGUGUGGAGCUAUGAAACCCACCAGGUCAAAUGUAAUCUUAAAGGACAUUACUUCUAUUGGGGGCGCUGGUUCUGGGAUUAUAGCACCAGAGCACUGACAGAAGCUCUGGCCAUCCUAUCAACACUAAGAUCAGUAUGAAACUGCUAAAUGUGAGAGUGCUCACUCCAGCUUUCCCCUGAUCAUUGGGAUAAGUCAGACAGAUUCAUGAUUGAAGCCACUUGUCCUACCGAAGCUGUGUUCUCAAGCACAGGGCUGCCAAAAGGAGAGCCUGGCCAGCUCUGACUGCAUGUCCCACUUCCCUUUUCACUCCUGCCACUUGCUGAUUCCUUCUCUCUUGGCUUUAUGCCAGAGCAUGCUAUUUGUGAUAAGGGUUACCCAAGCCACCACAAUGAUCAAUUUCUCUCUCUGGCAAUUCAUUUUUAGACAUAUUGCUACUCUGUAGAGUUUUGCUUCCCCUUUCCACUGACUUGUUUGUGUAGUUAUUUGUGCACACCUUGUAUGAAUACCUUUGUCCUUUACUGUAUUCUUACUGAGAAACAAAUGACCCACUGACAUGUCAAUGAAGAAAGAACUGGGCAUCCUUUCAUCAAGAGUGACUGGGUAUAUCUC